GGGGCGGGAGGGAGCGGCCGGAUCCGGCGGCGGGGCCGGGCUGCCGCCCCGCAGAGCCCGCGGGACGCUGCCGGCAGCGGCCAUGGCUUUCGGGAAGGCUCCGAGGGACCCGUUCGGCACCGCCGUGGGCAGCCUGGUCGAGCGGGCGACGCUGGGGUCGCUGCAGACGGAGGAGUGGGGACAGUUCAUGCACAUCUGCGACGUGAUCAACGCCACGGAGGAGGGACCUAAAGAUGCAGUUAAAGCACUGAAGAAGAAGCUUUCAAAAAACUGUAACCACAAGGAGAUCAGGCUUACCUUGUCUCUGCUUGAGAUGUGUAUGGAGAACUGCGGCCCAAGAUUCCAGUCUUUAGUUGUGAAGAAGGAUUUCUGCAAAGACAAGCUGGUGAAACUGCUGAACCCAAGAUACAACCUGCCCAUUGAUAUGCAGGAGAAAAUCCUGACCUUUAUCAUGGUUUGGGCACGAGGUUUUCAAGGCAUGGUGGAUGUGAGCGAAGUAAAAGAAGUUUACCUAGAAUUGCUGAAGAAGGGAGUGGAGUUUCCAUCCUCUGACAAUAGCAGUGGUGGAUGUAAGAUUUCACCCCGGCCUUGUGCAAAGUCAUCCCCAUCCUCUGCCAGUCCUGCCAAACGUUCCUUCCUGCCUCUUCCCACAGGCCCCACGCUGUUGUUGACUCCGGAGCAGAUUGGGAAACUGUACAGUGAACUGGAUAUGGCAAAAAUGAAUGUGAGAGUCAUGUCAUCAAUAUUGAAAGAAAAUGUUCCUGGCUCUGAAAAUCCGGAUGAUAUGAAUCUUUUACAGAAAUUGUACAAGACCUGUCGGAUGAUGCAGGAGAGGAUCAUGGAAUUGUUGGUGACAGUGGAGAAUGAAGAUGUGAUUGUUGAGCUAAUACAAGUAAAUGAAGAUCUGAAUAAUGUCCUCCUGGGACAUGAAAGGUUCUCACGGAACAGAGUUCGUUUCCUGGAGAACCAGAGGAUACAGCGGGAGCGGGAGGAGAUGUACAGGAAACAGCCAUCUGCUCCCUCAAGUGAUCUACUUGGCCUCUCCAUAGAUUCUCCAUCUUCUGUGUCUGCAGUGGUGCAAAGGGACCCUGCAGUGUCUCCUUCAGGAGAUGGCCUAUCCGCACACCCUGAAGACAAAACCAGGUCUCAUCCAUCAAUUUACCCACAGCUGGAUGCAGCAACUCCCAGAAAAGCUCAUCAGUCCCCAUUUGCUGCUGAAGCACAAAACAAUAGUUUAAGCAGCCCAGCUGGACACAUAUAUAGCAAUGUGAACACAUACAGCAAUCUGACGAGUCUUCUAAGCCCAGUGCCUCUGAACCCAAUAAAUGUGCAGGCUGGACAGACUGUGCCAUCAAAUGGACCAUCACCAGCAGCUACAUCAAAGAACAAGUCACAGUCACCUCAUUACUAUGAGAUAAUGGAAUUCGAUCCCUUGGCUCCCACUGAAGCUAUUUAUGAAGAAAUUGAUGUUGUGCUGAAGACAGAAGUUAAAAAGAACACAGACUGAAGGUGGAGGUGGAAUCCUUUCCUGAACACUCUCUAGUGCUGGUCCUGUGCAGUGCUUCCUGUAACUACAAGUGAAUAACAGAAGAGGUUUUGCAUUUUGACACAGUAAUUAGUGUUGGAGUACUAAGCUGUGUGCAAGUAGAAGAGUUACUUGGCUCCACACCAUGACAAUUUGUCCUAAAUGUUCAGCUGUGUGUUCUCUAAGGUCACUUGCAUUGUUAUUUUAAAGUAUUUUGGGUGCCUGUAGAAUGUGACUUCCAAAUUUCACCUGUGAAUGAAGUAAGACUUGACACCUGCCACUUGUAAAAAAAGACACAUGACAUUCACAGAAGCUGCAGAAUCCAGUUUCUCUUUGGCCUCACCAUUAUGUUCAUCUCCCUAGAAAUCUAUCAGGGCGUUUUGAGAUAUUUUUUCCCAAAAAAUUAAUCUGAAGUCUGAAGAUGUGCAGUGUUACUUGCCUACAUCCUUAAUACAGAUUUUCCUUUAUUAUUUUCUUCCUAAAAACCCACAGAAUAGUUGGAUUUUUGUCUUGGGAAGAACCUAAGCUGGGACACAAAGUGCUGUCAUCAGUAAUUAACAGAACAGGAAAAAACCCUGCUUGUUCCUGUGUUGUUGUUGUUGCUUUUCUUUACAGAGUAAAUAUUGGAGGGGGAUCAAUUGUUUCUUUCAAUAUUCCUGCCCUGCAGAGAUUCUUCUGGUGAAGGAAAAAUUAAUUAUCUACAAUGCAGAUGAGCAAUAGUUACCCAUUUACUUUAAUUAAGUUGUUUAAUCCUGUUAAUAACCGUUUUAUCUUUUAGUAAGUGCCUUAUCUAUUUUAAUGCUGAAUGUAAACUGUGCACUUUAACAGGUAUAGUUCUCUGAAUUUAUAGCUGAUACAAAAUUUGAGAACUUAGUUCAUAUUCAUACCAGAUAAGCUAUUUUUUUGUGAAAUAACUGCAUUUUAAACAUUCCUUAUGUUAACUGUUUAAGGAUAAGAAGUUCUCAGCUGCUUUUGCAAUUUUUAUAGCAUAAAAUUCCAAAUAAAAGCAAAUGCUUACUGAGAAAGUAAACUCUUAUUGCUUCCAAGUGUUUCUCUAUUUGUGUAUUCCCUAAAAUAUAAAUGUAGGUAGCAUUGGAAGUAUUUUAGUGUGAAACUAAGCCGUUUACUGCAGGACCAUUAGAACAACUUCCUUCUAUCCAAAACACAGCCUUGAAGGAGUGUGGGAAUUUUGUAAGUUGAGGUGAAAAGGUGAGUUGCUUUACUCUCUUUUUUUCUUGCAAAUUUGCAGUGGUCUGGACAGCAGCCUGAGAAAACAGCUGAAAAUAGGAUUGGAGGUGGAUUGAUUUUAUUUUUUCCCCCUACAGCUGGGCUGUAUUGGCAGAACCCCCACAGUGAAGGGUAACAAAUCAAACUGGGCUGCUGCAGUGUAAUCCAUAAUGGGCGAUUGCUGACAGAACCUCUCCAUGUUUAAACAAGCACAAUGAUCACAGAGAUGGAAGGGAAUUGGCUAAUUACCAAGGUUAGAGCCUGUAUUAUAGAAUGUGCUCAGUAUCUGUGCAAAUUUGGGCUUUCAAACUCAGGCAGAGAACCCACGUAUUUAUGGAACUGCCACUUGCCUGGGGAUACUCUUUUUCUUCUAAAAAAUGUGGCCAGAAUAAAGCAAUGGGUGGAGAACUGCCAUAUUCAGUUCAGCUUUCAGAAGGACAAUGGACUAAAGACAACUGAGGUAAGAAGUUGGGCUUUUUUUCCCCUAGCCUGGAUUCAAAGAUUUGUCUUGAUGUUACUUUUUUUUUUUCCCUAAAGCAUACUGGAAUUAUAAAGCUUGCUGCUAUCUUCAUACAGAUAUAUUUCACUUGUGUGGGCUCCACAUGUUCUGCUGAUUAAAAUGCAUUAGAGAGAUGAAAGAAUGAAGUUUUCCAUCUUUAAUAUACAGUAAAGACCUGUAUGUCAUUCAAAAUCUGUUUAACCAACACAAGUAAUUGGUACAAUAAUGGAUUUUAAAGGUAGCAUCCACUUAUUUUCAAAAAAGCAGUUUUUGAGUUACUGUAUGCAAAUAUAGUUGAGACUUAAGUAACUAGAAAUUAUUUCUGAAGUACCAUUGCCUUUUCAGAGUCCAAGCUAACCAACAUCACCCUUACUUUGUUAGAUCUUCUCUGCUGGAAGGCGUAGAGACGUGACCCAGCAGAAGAGAUACUGGCUGCUAUUUUCUGUCUGAAAAUGAGCAGGUUAGUUAAACUUGCUCUGCAGCUUGCUCCUGGUUUGCAAGGCAGUGAUGAAGUGUUAUUAGACCUACUGCACAGAUAAUGCCCAAAAGUUCCAUAACCACCACUUGCACGUUCUGCUGGGGAACAGUUCCCCUGGAGAGCUGCUGCACUGCUGGGCAGGCUCAGGCCAGCUCAGCCUGAAUGGGCUGCUCUUGGUUUUUGAGGAGACACCUGUGCUGUUCCUUCAGUGCAAUUCAGAGCAGCUCUUACACCCUGCCCUGCACUCAAAGCAUGUCAGACACAAGCCAAGCUUGUCUCUUGUGGAGGUGCCCAGUGUAGAGCCCUCUGCAGAGCAAAGUGCACUCAACACCAGUACAGAUACUUCCCAUGAGUGGGACACAACACAGAAAUAAAUGGUGUUUCCAAAUGAAAACCAUCCCACAGAUCUGAUAUGCUUACACUUAAAUUACUGUUCUCAUGAUAAUAGCUUUAGAGCAGUCUGCUCUUACCAAAUGAACUACUGAUUCAGUAAUAACAUGGGAGUGCAUCACCUUCUGAAUCAUCUUCCCCUCCUGUGCCAGGGAGGCUUACACAGAAAUAACAGUCUAACUGUUUAGUUAUAAGAUUACCUUAAUUUAUCAUCUGGGUUUACCUUUUUCUAAAUUAACUUAACAUGGAAGUUAUUUUCCAGAGUCAGCAAUGGAAUUUUAGAUGCUUUAUCAACUGAUUUUUUUCUUCUGUAUUUAAAAGAUCUUCAUUUACACGUUGGUUUAAAAAUUUGCCUUGUGGUAUUCAAAUAAAAAGAUGGCCUGAGAAAACCCUCUCUACUUCAAGAACAGUGUGUUCCCUUCCACUGUCUGAUGAACAAAUACUAUCCAUAAGAAAUGGAGAUACAUUAAGUUGGUUUCCAAAAAAAAA